UGCAGACUGCUUCCAAAAACAUUUGUGAAAAAACUGUGCAAUAAGUCCAUCUAUGAAAUUUCCUUGCUACUAAAUAUUCCACAGUCAACUGUUAGUGGUAUUAUAACAAAGUGGAAGCAACUGGGAACAACAGCAACUCAGCCACAAAGUGGUAGGUCACGUAAAAUGACAGAGUGGAGUCAAUGCAUGCUGGAGCACACAGUGUGCAGAAGUCGCCAACUGUCAAUAGCUAAAGACCUCCAAACUUCGUGUGGCCUUCAGAUAAGCACAAACAACAGUGCAUAGAGAGCUUUAUGGAAUGGGUUUCCAUAGCCGAGCAGCUGCAUCCAAG